AUGUUGACUAAUGAAGUUCUUCUGAACCAGAUGGAAGCUAGUACAAUACUGCUCAAGAUUCUGCUUGAAAGCCAAAAGUGUGUGUUGAGGGGGAAAGUGUUGACCAGAGCAAUUCUCGACAUGAUUUCACUAGCAAGUCAUGCCACUGGUACUCAGCUUCACAGAAUCAAAGAAUUCGUCGCUGCAAAUGAUGUUGUGGCAUAUAUAUGGGAUUGUAUAUGCUAUCCCAACCAUUUUGCAUUCUAA